AGUCUCCGUGGCAACACGCUCCCGCCUCCUCUGGGAAAGGCCGGCGAGAGAAAAGGAAAAGCCGUCCGGGCGCAAACACGGCGCGCUGCGCGGAACGUUCCGCCCAGGAGCCGUUAUGGAGCAGAGCCCCGGCCAGAGUGAGGGCGAGCGGGUGUCUUUCGGGAGACGGGAGGGAGCGGAGAGCGCUUGCGGCCCCGCGUCCUUGACUGCUCUCACCGUCCCUUUCGUGUCUCUGCUUCCCUUUCAGGUCGGCCCCCGGACGCGCGCGGCGGCGGCGGCGGCUGCUCCUGCUGCCCAGUGUGGAGCCUUCCUCGGGGCUUAGCCCUGGGCCCUUCCCUGUCCGCCGAGAGGGGCCUUGGGGUGUGGUGUGUGGGGAGCCCCUUGCAGCCGGGGGCGCUGCUGCUCCUGCUUGGUCCGGAGGAAGAGGAGCAGGAGGCGGGCGCCUGCCCGGCGGUGAGCGAUGGGCGGGCAAAUUUGGGCCUCCAGUCAGAUCCCUCAGGCCGGUGGGGGCGCCCUCUCGCGACCCCCUGCCCGGCCAACCACAUCUAGACGCCCGACCCUUCUCGGUUGCCGGGAGAAGGGAUUCUGGCAGGCGCAGCUUGUUCUAUCCACCAGUUAAGAAAGCAGCUUGCUUGCCCAAUUUCUCUCUUCAAAGUGCAGCUGUCCUGGUCUUGGUGUUAUCUAAUCACCUUUGGGUGGCCAAAAAUAGUUUUGAUUGGUUUCUGGUAUCCUUGACACCUGCGCAUGGAUGGGAAAAAGGGGAUAGAAGGCAUUUCCACCCUCUCAUAAUGCUAGCGCUUCCCAGUAAGCUAACGAAACGGGGUAGAAAAGGAAGUACUGUACUUACACAGCUCAUAAUUAAUAUGCAGAAUUCAUUGUCACACUAUAUGGUGACCACUAGCUUAGGUGACAUUAAAAGAUGAUUUUAAAAGUUCAUAGGGAAUAAAUACCAAUGGUUAUUAGCCAAAGUGUUUCGGCAGCCGAAUGCCACUGAAUACCAUGACGGAGUGGCCUAUUGCCCUCAUACCAGACUUGUUAGAAUGCUGAGCUAGAUGGACCUUUUGUCCAAACUAGCAAGGUUUUUCAUGUUAGAAGGUAAUUGCACACACAUCUAGCUCUGGUGCCACGGUUUCCUCUUUCUGUCUAUAGAAGUCUGAACUGUAGUCACUUCAUGUUGCUUAGUUGUCCCAUUGAGAAUGUGCUUCAAAGGUGAAGUUUGUCUCUCCCUUCCUCAUGAAGCAGUCAUGUAUCUGUUCCAUCAUGCACACAACUCAGCCCUCACUUGGCAUACCCCUGCUCAUUGCAUGGGUUGAAACUGACUGAAUGUGGCAUGAUGUCUGCUUAGUUUAUAUUCCACUUUACUAGUAAGUACUCAAGACAACUUACAGUCAGACACAUUUUUAUCCACUCAACAAUUCUGUGAAGGAGCACUGAAAGUUAUUGUUGCUCAAGGCCACUUACUCCUCUAUUCUUAUCUGAGCAGUUUUAACAUUUGGUCUCCUACAUAGUCUAGCCACUACUGCGCACUACUUUCAGCUGCUUAAAAGGUCACUGCUGAGUGACCGCAACUGUGUAGGGAGAGUUGGUCUUCUGUAGUAUCAGGCCAUCUAGCGAGGCAAGUAUUUACUACAACUGAAUGAAAAUGGGGGCAUAGUUUGUAGCUGCUGAAGCUCUAUAGGCAAACAGUUCACCACAUGGCUAUAUUUCCCCAAAGUGACUUUACAAGUAGUAGUAUUACAAAUAAUAAUCUAAGCUCAUCCCAUUUCUGACAACUCAGUUGAACAUGUGUUGAAUUACAGUAGUUACCAAUAAUUCUUACUGUAGAUCUGAGGACUGAACAUAUAGUAGCAAUCACUGUAUCUUGGGAUUAUUUUUUUUAUAUCUUAAAAAACAUACUGCAGAGGGAGGAUAAUGGGAUGGUGAAGCAGUGCUUAGGGAAUAUGAUUAACUCUUUCCCCUUAUUUCCAUGAUUGAAAUCACACAGUGCUUACUUCAGAGUAAGGAAGCGAUCUUUACUCAGGCUAGCAGCAAGCACAGGUUCAGUCGUAAAGAGUUCAAGUUACAAGAGCAAGAUAAGUGAUUCAAAACUGAAUACAGUGGUGCCUCGCAAGACGAAAUUAAUCCGUUCCGCGAGUGUCUUCGUCUAGCGGUUUUUUCGUCUUGCGAAGCAACCCUAUUAGCGGCUUAACGGAUUAGCGCUAUUAGCGGUUUAGCGGCUAUUAAAGGCUUAUCGGCUUAGCGGAUUAGCUGCUAAAAGGCUAUUAAAGGCUUAGCGGCUUAGAUAAAGGGGGGGAAAGCAAAAAAAAAAUCUCAAGACUCGCAAGACAUUUUCGUCUUGCGAAGCAAGCCCAUAGGGAAAUUUGUUCUGCGAAGCAACUCAAAAACGGAAAACCCUUUCGUCUAGCGGGUUUUCCGUCUUGCGAGGCAUUCAUCUUGCGGGGCACCACUGUAACUGAGUUGGUAGAGCAUGAGACUCUUAAUUUCAGGGUUGUGGGUUUGAGCCCCACAUUGGCAAAAGAUUCCUGCAUUGCAGAGAGGUGGACCAGAUGGCCCUCGAGUUCCCUUCCAGCUCUACAAUUCUUGGUUCUAUUAAUGACGCUAGAAGAUGUCCCAAUGGUUGUCACACCCCUCCCACCAAGUUUUAAAAAGUCUAGGUGGAGUAUGUUCACUCACGAGACUUUCUUGCCUCACUAGCCUGCUGCACACACAUGUGUGCUUCUCUGGAGCAGAUGCAGCUGAUCCCACCUACAAAAGUGGUGCCACGUUUGUGGCCACUAGACUGUCCUGCCCCUCUCCCUGGAGCUGCUCUUGCUCAGCUCCUCCCACUGGCUAGUCAGAGUCGUCCUCCCUCCCUAAUAAUUAUCUGCGCCUCUCAAGAGGAGCAGUGACAACAGCUAAGAGGAUGUAGCUUUGUUUCACUUUUUCUGACAUCUAAAGUUGCAUGGGGAAGACCCACACCCUCCACCUCCAGAUGCCCAAUCCUGAUAGGGCCGAGGGGCUCAUGACAUUACCUGACUUCCUCCCCACCUCCUGGAGGGCAAACAACAGCUCAUUCAUUUAUUUUUAUUUUGACAAUUUAUGUAUUGCUUAAUUACAGUAGUCUCUUAAAUAAAGUACAAUAGUGUAAUACAAUAAAGAUAAAAAUCAGUUGAAGCCAUAAAUCAGUCAAUUUCAUUUAAAUGUCUGCCAGAAUAAAAACUCCUCAGUAGGCACCCAGUGUUCAACAGGGAGGAAGAUUGACCUCAAAUAGAAGGGCGUUCCAUGAAAUUGGGCCCAGUACUGAAGGCACAGCUGCUAGAGGAUGUGAGCUGUGCAUUUAAACUUAGGAUGGUAAUUUCAACAGAGGAAACAGUGUGAAGUCUGUGAUCCAGGUGAGGGUGCAUAGCUGCUCUCAAGUAAAUAAAAAGACAUUGGAAGACCCAACAGCAUAUUGCCUACAUUAUAUGUAUGUUGGCCCUGAGGGCAUAGGCCACCACACUCAUUCUUAAUAUGCCAGCUUGAUUGUUGAAUUGACCCUCAUGUGAAAAGGACAGCUAGCCCAUUAGUUCUCGGCUUAAGAUCUGCCCGUGGGAAUUAAAAUACCUCUCUAACUGGGACUCCCCUUACUCUCACGUUUCAGGAACUUCCACCAGCUUGCUGGAAAGAGGCUUCUGCUUGCAACAAGAUAGCAAGCUGGAAAAGGUGAGAACAGCAAAACUCUGUGGGUAACUUGCGUUCUCCUUUACAACUUUCUCAGCAAACUUCAUACAUCUAAUGAAGUGGUUUGUUGGCUACGAUCAUUCAAACCAAAAUGAACAAGUUAGGGUCAAUUCACGCAAACUGUUUUUUAACUUGUUUGUAAACCACAUAGACGUUUUACCAUCAAUCCUGCUUGAGUCAGGCUGAAAAUUAUGUAAGUUGUGAGAAUCAGACUUUAGUAUUUAUCUCACCAACAGCACUUAACGUUUUUCCAGCAACCAGCAUGGGGCCAUUUCUGUUGAAAAGCUUGUGGCUGCACCACAAGCUCAGUGUUUGUUAUCACAAACUGUAGUGCAGUCAUCACUUGAUGGUUUCUUCAAGCAGCUAGAUGAAUUUUCAGCAUAUGAUGAUGUGAAGGACUUUAUUCUCACACAUCUCAAAAAUCAAUCCAGAUAUAUAACAGAGCAAUGAGAUGAUAAAUUUUGCUCCAUGACUGGGACCAACUUGCAGUCAAGUGAGCCAAAAUCAGAUAUGAUCCUGGAAUUUAUUUCUGGUGACUCUGUAUGCCUCUGUAAAUCCAAAAGUAACUAGUGAUAUUGUGAGCGGAUAUAUAGGUUCUGGUAUGUUAGCCACUGAAGAAUGGGUGAUAAAUGUGUGAUCAAUAAAUGUUUUUGCUGCAGAUGUAGAAACUGGCCUGUUUAAUAGCAACUAGCUCUGCUCUUUUCCUCUGUCAUCCCUAAGAGCUGAGCAGCUCCUCUGCUGUCUGUCUUCUCAUCUUGCAACUUUUUCCUAAUGCUAAAGGAAAUCAACUACAGGGUAGGCAGGCAGGUCAACCAACAGAAUGAGGAAGAAACUCAGCAGAGUCACUGUCCUUUCUCCUUGGGUUAUCUUGUGUCACAGACACUGUAAUGUGGUUCUGACAGGCAGGAAAGCAGAAAUUGGAUUGCUUUACGGGGCUUGCAAGGAGCUCUAUAAGCCCCCCACAGCAAUGCAGCAGGCAGCUGAUUCCUGCAACAAACAGGCUUCCAUUCUUCCACCAGUCAGCUGAUGGGCAGGAGAGCUGAAUCCUACUUUUUGCAGGCAUCAGCUGCAUGAACAAGUUCCUUGCAGGGAACUCAAGGGGAAGCAUUGGCUCUCACCUAUCUGGGCAGUAGAGCUGAAGCCUGCUUUCCCUAACCAAUGCACAGUCAGGCUCCCAAUGUGCAUUGGCGUCUGUGUCUCUACCUGCCCCAUAUAUGAUGUCAUGUAUGGGGCAGGUGGGUGUAAUUUGGGGAGAACUGCCUUCUGGGCCAAACUGGAACCUUUGGCAGUCAAAAUCUGGUCUUCAGCCUGGAGGUUCCCCACCCCUGAUCUAAAAGCAAAGGAAUAAUCCCUCCCAAAAUUGGACUGCAACUCCCCCCAGAUCUAGCCACUAUGACCAGUGGUCCAUUACAUUAAUGGACUUGACUCAGUUGGGCUCAUUAAUUUCAUUGGCUCUGUUCUGCCUGGACUUAAUUGAAUACAACUCAAUAUUUUGCAGCUGGCAAUAAAUUUCUAUUCAGUUUAACAAAGAUCUCUUAAAUAAUUAUUCAUCUUCCUAAAAAAUAGGAUGGUAAAUCUAAAUAUAUUCAUUUAGCCUUUGGAGAGGGCAAUUUGACCAAUCAGUCAUGAGCCAACAAUUUUGUGCUGAUUAAAUGUCCUAUAUGUGACUUUAAAUAUAACAAACGUUGAAGCAGCCGCAAGACUUUUGUACCCUUAAUCAGUACUCUUGUAUGGCCACUAUCAGAAUCCAUUUUGUAUGAACUGGGUGUUUUGUUACCUGUAUGGUUUCAUUAAACUGCUUUCAGGAAAGUUUAAAGGUUCAAUCACUGUACCGCUAAGGAGGACCCCUGCCUAAAAUUCUGGAGAACUACUACCAGUCAUUGUAUGUGAACAAUGCUGAGUUAGAUGGACUCAUAAAUCUGUCUCAACAAAAGGUAACUUCAGAAAAAGUAUUCUGAAUUAACUUUUCCUAGGAGUCUGCUCAAAAAAACCGUCAGGAUCUAUAGACAUAUUAGUUAAUAGACCUGUCUGAGGCCCCCUUCAGUCUUGCAUAACACCCACCUGCACUGCCUCUCUAGAGCCUUGUCAUGGCCCUGUACUUCGGACAAAGCCCAUAUUGGAUACUGAUGCUUGGCAUAAUGUGUUUUACAGCUUGGUGAAGCAAAGCCGGGAUAAAGAUGAGGCAAAUGUGGCAUUAGUUUGGAUCAAUGGGGAGCUCCACAUCAGAGUAUCCUGUCCCAUUGCUGCUGGCACUGAAUUGCUGUACUGGUUAGCAGAGGCCAGUCCUGCUUGCCUGGAAAAGAAUGCACCAGCAAAUAUAUCAGAUGGGGUAUUUGUCGCAAAGAGGAAAAUGGUAGAGGAGCAGCUAGCUAAGACCACCACUGUGGAAGCAGAGACUUUGACACAGAAAGGAGAUGCUUCCCUAGAUGGCGAUGCAAUAGAUUCCUUUGCAGGUACUGUACCUGAAUUCCUAGAAUCUUAGUCAGAAGGGGGUAUCACAGGUGAUUUAAGCAGCAUCGGAAACAGGAAGGGUUUUCAUUCUUUAAAAAAAUGACUUAACAUACUUGGUAAUAGAAACAUGCAUGUUCCUUAAGCAAAGAACUCCAUUGCCAAACUCUGCACACGCAGGCAACUGUAGUUGAAGCACCCUGUGUUUUGUCCUUCCUUUCACAAAAAGAGUUUAUGGUACAUGAUUUGAUUUUCACAGACCUAAAUUGUCAUCUGUUUGUGAACAAACUCAGACUGAUAGUAAUAUUUUAACUUGAAAGUUAGGGGCUCCUUUUUUUCCUUCAAAUGAUACUGUGGGAGGCAACUUGUUCAGAAUGUAUACACUCUCUUGCUGUGAAUAAGGAAUAUUUCUUCAGUGCUUUCAGGGCACAAUCCCCUGAGAGGCUGGCUUUCGGCAUCCCAAGUACAGAGAAUGGGAACCAAGUGUGGAAGCAUAUUCUUGCCCAGGACAAUUCAAUCAGCCCACAGCCGGGCAGAAGUGGAACUCAGGCCAAUGUCCACUCCUCUAGCCAGUGACCUUUAUUUUGCUCAACAGCACUGGCCAGCCCCACCCUUGCAAACAGUGCUUUGCUAUUUUAUUGCAGUGCUGGAGGAGGCGAUUUCUUUGAGAAGUGCACAUGGUGAAUCAGAAUGUUUAUCAUGCCAGAGUACAUUUGAUCAGAUAUCUGAGGGUAUGUCUGCACUAGAAGCUUAUGUUAGUUUUAUACCAUUUUAGCAAUCAUGGGUACCCACAAAUAAUCUUUGAGAGUUGUAGUUUGGUGGGGGCACUAAGAAUUAUUGUAAUUCAGACUUUAAGCUUCAGCUCUUGAUGCAGAAUCCAGAUGCCUGACUUUAGGUGCAGUGCACAGAUUAUGGUUCCUUCUUUUAAGUUACGGUUAUUUGCAUGUUCAUACACUGUGAGGAGCCUAUUUAGUUACUUAUGUUCCUGGCCCUUUCAGAUAUGUGGGCAACUCCUGUCUAUAAUGGUAGAAUCAGUCAGGCUCCUUACUAUCUCUGUUUCCUCACACACAAUUGUGUACACAGAACUUCAUUUCCCUAUGACAUUCUAUAUCCAUGUCUGUUUCCUUAAGAAUUUUCUUAGGUGAAUUAAACUGCUCAAGGUAACUCUGCUUGUUGUGAAUAAGGGAGAAACACAGGUCCCUGGUAUUGUGACUGUGUGGAUAAGCUGUUUUAGUUUGCAAUUCUUGCUUUCUAAAGAAAACAGCAAAGAUUACAAAUGAUAAGAGUGUUGAAAUUUGCUGUUUCUACACAUUUCUGUAACCUCAUUCUAAGUUAUGUAGUAAAGCACUUCAGAGAAAUCCAAUUUGCAUCAAAAAGAUUAAGGAAGCUGUGCUUCCAAAGUGAGCCUUACAGAAGAUACUGAAAUAUUCCUCCCCAAAUUCUAAACUUUUAGAAUAUUUAAAUUCAAGCAGAGUUCCCUAGCUAUAACCAGCUAUGUUUCAAUUCUCAGAAGCACUGCUUUGAUAACUAGUGGGACUUCUCAAGCCUCUGUGCUCAGCAAAAGAUCUCUGUUCAACAUGAUUGAGGCAGUGGGUGGGGAGUGGAGCUGUGCAUAGAAACAGAGGUCUCACCUUGAAGUGUCAAUAAUUACUUUGUUUUCUUUGUUAAGGGAGCUAAUGGUUACUGGUUCAAAUUGCAGGUGCUCUUGAUAUCCCCAAGGUUGUGGAGCAGAAAGCCAGAGCCCAUUGUCUUCCUUUGCUGGAUAAGAAGCUGCCAGUCAAGCAACCUCCUGGCCUGGAAAAUGAUCACAAGAAAAGGAAUGAAGAUGGGUUCCUGCAACAUGAGCUCAGGGACUCCAAGGAGCAGCAUGGAGAGAAGCAGCCCUUUGUGAGGUGCUCUGUGGCUGAGGAGGGUGGAAGUAAAGAAUAUGGUGUGCUGCAUCCUCAAACAGAGCAAGUGAAUGAGACACUAUCCAAGGUAAAACUGACUGACAUGUGUUCACAGCCGCCCCCAUCCAAUGCAAUUCAACCCAGUCCUCACUUGGCUGAGAAGGUGGAGGUGUUGAGGGGCCAAUCUUGUGCUGAAGGAGCCCCCAGUGGAUGUGCCAUGUCUACACCCAGGGCAGAGGAGCAGAGUGAAAAUCCCAAGCAGGAGGAAGUGUCUCCAAGCAACAUGGGUGGUGCUCCACAGCUCAAGGAGGCAGACCACGAGCGACGAUACCGGUGUGAAGAGUGUGGCAAAGCCUUCCUGCAGCUUUGCCACCUGAAGAAGCACCACUUUGUGCACACUGAUCACAAACCGUUCCUGUGCACAGAGUGUGGCAAGAGCUAUAGCUCGGAAGAAAGCUUUAAAGCGCACACACUGGGCCACCGAGGGGUGCGGCCAUUCCCCUGCCCACAGUGCCACAAGAGUUACGGCACCAAACGGGACCUUCAAGAACACCAGGUGCUGCACACGGGCCAGCGCCCUUUUGUAUGCCCUGACUGUGGGAAAUCCUUUGCCCGUCGGCCCUCUCUUCGGAUCCAUCGCAAAACCCACCAGGCUAAGGAGCCAAGGCCAUCUGCUGCCGCCGCCUGCCAGUGUGUGAUAUGUGAGCGGCAGCUGGCCAACCCUGGGUCACUGCGCAACCAUAUGCGGCUGCACACAGGGGAACGCCCAUAUACCUGCCCCUACUGCCCCAAGUCUUUCCGCCAGCAGGGCAAUCUCCGUGGGCACCUUCGGUUGCAUACAGGGGAGCGCCCUUACCGCUGCCACUUCUGUGGAGAUGCCUUCCCGCAGCGCCCUGAGCUGCGCCGUCACCUGAUCUCCCACACAGGUGAGGCUCACCUGUGCACAGUGUGUGGGAAAGCGCUGCGUGAUCCCCACACGUUACGGGCUCACGAACGUUUGCACACAGGCGAGCGCCCUUUCCGCUGCCAUCUGUGCCCCAAAUCCUAUCCUCUGGCCACAAAAUUGCGACGCCACCAGAAAGCCCACCACGCUGACAAGCCGCACCAGUGCCAAAUUUGUGGCAUGGGCUACGCCCUCCCCCAGAGCCUGCGACGUCACCAGCUUGAGCACAAAGGAAACCUAGAAGGGGAUCCAUCCAAAAGGGGCACGAAAGCCCCCCAGGAGCUGCCAGCUUCAGAGCAGCCAGCUGUGCUGGUAGUGCACUCUGUGGACAGGGCAGGGCCUGGAAACCACACAGAGCUCCUUCUCACCAAUGAUGGGCACUAUGUUACUGCACAGCAGAGCUCUGCCAAGCACAAGAACGUCAUUGAGAUUGCUGUCUCGGACACGGAGAAAGAAUGCAUCAUUGUGCAGGAGCAGGGCUCCGCCAGUGACAUGUUCAUUAUUCAAGAGGGUGUCAGUUUUAGCACAGUGGCAGAGGUGGUGGAGGUGGAGGUGCGGACAUGACUGUCAAUCUUUUUGCAGAUGGCAUUAAAACAUCUUUGGAAGUCUAAAUGUGCUCUAUCUAUGUGUUUGCAAGAAAACAGCAUGUGGGUUAUGAAAUAUAUACUGGGAUGUUUAGAAGGGAAUAGGUGACUUCAGUUUGGCCAAGGCUAUGGCUGGAUUCCCACCAUCAUUUCCAAAGCCCGUAAGCUUGGGCAAAAGCCUGAUAGAUGAGGUUAUGCCUGGAAGAAAGCCUUCACUAAGCAUCUCUUCUAUACUAUCAGAAUUUGUUUCAAAUUGAUCCAGUGUCAGGAACUGUACCAGUUCUGCUUGUGUGUUACAUAUGUUUAGUGAAAACGUGGCAAAACUGACUGAGUGGUGAAGAGUCUGCAGAUUUCCACAUGGUUAUGCACAUAUGGUCCAAAAAUUAAUGCAGUAGAAAGUAUGGAAGUAUAUCUUUUUUUAAAGUAAAAGAGCAGGAACUUCCAACAAUUUUCUGAGGUGUGCAAGGAUUAUGUCAACACCAGUGAGGGUUCAGAGUUCUUUAGCUUCAAAGGUAUAAAUAACAGGAAGCUACUGCUCCUGACUCAUUUGCCCAAACUGUGCUUAGAUGUGCUUUAACUUGAUACUUGCUGAAUCUGAGUAGGGGAUGAAGCCAUCAGAUGCCUGCUUUAAUUACAGCUAACGACAACAUUGGCUAAGAUCCAACUCCCACAUUAGCUUGGUGAUGUAAGCAGCUCUCAAAAACAUUGUGAUAGCACAUGCAGUCAAUCGUGUGACUCAGACAGAACAUAUAGGUGUUUCUUUUGCCAGUUAUACCUUUCCAUGGGCUUGUGCUGGUGAUGCUGUGAUAGUCACCAUGCAAUCUAGCCAAAUUGUGGUUGUUGGCUAUGUAUAUUAUUACCAUGAUGUGGGGUCCUGACUGCCCAGAGACAUUCGUUUGAUACCUACCAAGACAGUGUUUGGGUUUUGCCCAAGUCAACACAUUGCAAUCUGAGUGAGAAUUGUAGAUCCCAGAGUGGCUGCAACUGUAAUCCAAAGGUUUGCUUUUAAAAUCAAACCAAUUCAUUGGAUCUGGUAAAUAUCAUCUCAGCAGUUGCAUAUGAUACCUGUGUUGCUGGAUUAGACCACUUCAUACUGCAGGAGCAAGAUUCAAAUGGUGACAGUUUUCAUUCACAUGAAAGUAAAUCAAUGAGGAAGAGCUUUGCUAUGCCUGUAAUGCAUUUCAUUGCAGUAUAUAAAAACAAUGACAAAUGAAAAUGUUGCUUAAUUACAUUGUCUCGUUUCAACAUAGUACUUUGCCAAAUUUUCUACUUUUGUUUUGUUUAGCUUUUCCUUGACAGUGAGUAUCACAGCCUUCCUGUCAGGAGGUCAUGUUGCACCAUAGUGUUGCAAUGUAUAGUUAGUAGUUUUGGUCCAAGCUAAUUUGAAUUAAUGUUGGAUGGGAAUUUUUUUUAUUUUCCAUUUUUAUAUCACUUUAUGCGGUUGUAUUCACUACUUGGGAGUAAUUUUCUUCUUCCCAGCAUCCUGUGGUGAUAGGCCAGUCGGGUAUUUUAACACAUAGGAAACUGAGCCAAGAGAGUCUGAAUUGCCCAAAGCCAAAUCAAAACUUCACGGCUGGGUAGAAAUUGGAUUGCGAGUGUCUGUGGUCCAAUAUGACAUUUUAACAGUCCUUCCUUAGUGCUUUGCUAUUUCCAGAAAAUAUAUUGAGAUUUGCACUUGGGUUUAUUCAUUCACUAGGUGGCUCCCAUUGUCAACAAUAUCAUUUAUUAUAUGGUCACAGCCUCUGCAAAGUGGUGUUCAUUUACCACAUGCUUCCUUCUUGGAUACUUAGGAUGGGCCAGCUGUCAUUUGGUUCUGGUAGCAAUAGGUCACAUAACUACACUUGUUGCUUUUCUUAUGUCUCUGCUACCCCCACAUUUCCAAACCAUUUUGAUAAAGUAAACAGAUGCUUGAGAUUACAGUACUGACUUCCUACUGUUGGGCUCACCCAGUGGUACAUUUACAAGCAAUCACAAAGGAAGCAGUCUUUUGAGGCAGUAGGAUUUGGAGCAGUGAUCUAGAAUGGUUGGCAUGUAUGUUUUUUGUCUUUUCCAAGAGAGUGGUGCAGCUUUUGCAUAAAUCAAUAUUGACACAGCUGCAAAGUGACUUCCUGAUGCCAAAACCCAAGAAAUCCAUUCAUGAGUCAAAAUAUCAAUCUUCUGUCAUUGCUGAUGUGGUGUCAAGCACGUUUGUUGGUUGCGCUGAUCCCAACCAAUCACGGAUUGGAGGGAGGUGUCUUAUGCCAGUCUUUUAAGCAUAUGCACUUGUUUGCAUGAUACACAUGGUUGGAAAACAAGGGGUUGGGGGUCCUGUGAUAAUGCCUCAGACAAAAAAAACUCUUUGAGCCACUUAUGUAAGAGCUCGAACACACAAGAUAACUAUCUUUUGUGUCAUGUUUAGAAGGUGGCGAGAAUUAAGCAGACUUGGGUACCAGUUUUUAAGUUACAAAGUUAUUGCAAAGACCAGCCUGAACGUAAACAAGUCAAGGAGAGGUGGAGCCAAAUGGAGAUAGCCUCUCAUCUGAGAUAAUUGAGUGGCCCUGCUUCCCAUCUUUCUUUCUGCUGCAACCUGAUGGAUUGGCAGUUAUUAAUAUUUACAGUACUAGAUCUGUAUGUAGGAAUGGGAAAGAGAUUGUAGCAGAUGUUAUAAGGUGAAAAGGGGACUUGUUCAGGAAGUUAGAAAUGCUGAACUAAGGAGGGCUACUAGUCUGAUCUCAGCCUUCACAAAGGUUCAGGUUUGAGAAGAUGUUACAGGAAUCAGUCUUGACAGCUUGUGAAUGUUCUUCAAAAGUUUCCCUUCAUACAUGGGCCAGAACUCUUUGUCUGGAUGUUCUCCUGUGGUUGAACUCAGGCUCUGCCUAAAUAUCCCAGUAAGCUAGACCCAGAACUGGACAUUUCUCAAAUCUCUCUGCUUUAUUGUGUGUUAGAAAGAGACUCUGUGUUCUUCAAACUCUGCAAUCUGUUGGAGGUGGGGACUGUGCAAUUGCUCUUUGUACAAGUGGCCAAAGAGUCACUUCCCAGCUACCCUAAUGCUAAUAUUUACUUGCGUACCAUGGAGAUAACAAAUACUGACUAGAAGACCAUUACAGAAGAGAGACAAAGAAGAGCAAGAGAAAGGGGGCUGAGAUUGAUAGUUCUCUAAGCUCCUCCUACUCUUACAGUUUGUCUCAGAUGAGGACGGGGUAGGGACCUGUUUUACUAAACGGUGGACUAAUUUGGAAUCUCCAAAGACCUAAAUUCCAAGUGAUGAAUUUGAUGUUGCUAAUUUCUUUUGAUCAAGAGUAUACGGCUCAGAUUAUGGCCUUUCAAUAUCUAACUGUACUGGCUCCUAAUUUAAUUAUUUUAUCAAUGAGGCUCAUCUCAAUAAAUUUGAAGAUAAUAAUUGCUUUGCUGGAUUUAUCAAGUCCAGCAUUCUGUUUCUAGUAGCCAGCCAGAUGUCUCUAGAAGCUCAUAAGCAUGGUAAUAGUCACUCUGUGGUGUUUUCUUCAUCUGAUAGUCAGAGCUGUGCUGCCCCUGAAAAUGAAGGUUCCAUUUAGCCAGGGCUAUUUUCAGGGGGAACUCACUUGAACUCAGUUCUGGCAUAUGUCAGGUGGGUGCCUUUGCUAUCUAAGAGAAUGAGGGAGGCAUUCAUGGUGAGUUCUGGCACCUCUUUUUCUUGAAAAAUAGCACUGCAUUUAACUAAAAUAGACUUUGAUGAACCUUGCCUUUAUUAAUUUGCCUAAUCCUUUUAAGAAGUUGCCAAGCUGCUAGUGACUAUCCCCACAUCUUAUUGUCUUACAUUAUGUGUGAAGAAGUGCUUCCUUUUUAAGUCCUGCACCUAGUCUGUCAGCUACACUGAGUGUACAUAAGUGUUAUGAAAACAGAAGACAUUUCACUCUAGCUGCUUGCUCCAAGCAAUCAUGAUUUUACAAACUUCUGUGUUCCUUCUUAAAGUAAAACCCCAUGUUCUCAAGCCUAUCUUCAUUUGAAAGGUGCUCUGGGCCUUUGAGUUUAGCUGCCUUUCCAUACCCAUUUGAACCCAAUGAAGUUUUUGUAUUCAAUUUUGUAUAUUGUAUUCAAGGAAUAUUGAAUAUCGUGUUCAGUGAAUACAAUAAUUAUUCAUCUGUAUUUACCUUACAGGACUUGCACUAUAAUCUUGAAGAGUUUAUGACAUGCAUCUGUUUGAAAAUUACGUUUACCCAUUAAAAGUGGCUGGUCAAUAUACC